AUCACAUGGCAAAAUACUGUAAAUAGGAUUCUUGUCCGUGUUAGGUAGCGGUCCAGCUAACUUUGAAGCUAACAAUGCCUGGGAAAUGUAAAUUCCAGGACUCCUGGCUGACAAAGGACGCUUUCAAGGACUGGCUGGUCAAAGACGCCGAUGACAUUCAUUUCGCUCGGUGCAGGGCCUGCUGCAAAUCAAUCAAACUUCAGACCAUGGGCGAGGCUGCCCUCACCAGCCACGCAGGCGGAGCUGGCCACAAAGCUGCGGUCCGAAAGCUGCUGGAAGGUGGUUUAAUAGGCGAUGCAAGACAGAUGAACGGCAACACAAAUCUGGUAGAGAAGAGCAAGGAGCAAAUGACCCUUGCCCUCCAGCGUGAAGCUUUGGACAGAAUCACAGGCAGCGACUGGUCAGACCUGCAUCAGAGUCCCUCCACAAACUCCAGUUCCCACAAUGCAGAGCUGCAGGAUGCAGCCUUUCCUGUUGCGUACUUCUCAGUCCCAGGAACCUCGAGAACCAUCAACCAUCAGCUUCAUCCGUCCGACAUCAAGGAGGAGGAGGUCAGCCGCCGCCUGACCCCUCAUGACUCUGUGGACUUUUCAAGACUGGAGCUUCAGCAGCGGACAGAGGCUUUGGAGCAGCUGGAUCAGAUGAAGAUCCUGGAGUGGGAAAACCGGAUGAAGGUACUUGCCUGGGAGCAGGAGCUGGUCAGGGAGAAGAGGAAAGCAGCUCGACAGAAGGAGAAGGCCUUCAGGAUGAAAAAGGCCUAUUACAAGGCCAAACUAAAGAGGCUGGGUGAAGACGUGCCACCGUCCUCCUCCAGCAGUGGUGAAGAAGAUGAAAAAAUAUCUGAGCUUAACGGUUGAUCUGAUGUUUUUCAUACUUGUUUCAUUCUCGUGGUGUUUGUCUAUAAUCUUUGGGACUCUUUUUGAUAGAUUUCUAUAUCGAAGGUUCUGGUGUGGGUUAGUGAAAGUAGACUGUGGGCAUCAAAAGUCAUUGAUUGGAUAUUCACAAUACAGAACCCAAAAAAAACCUUUGGGUUCCUAGGCGGUCUGGAAAAGUCUGGAAUUUGAUUCAGGUUGUUUUUCCAAGAAUGAAAAAAAAUCUAAAUAUUUGUCUUUCCUUCCCUCCCUCAUGUUCUACCUUCCUUCAUUCAUCCUUCCUUCUGUCCUCGUGUCCUACCUCCUUCCUCUCUUCCCUGCAUUCUUGCAUCCUUCAUUCGGUUUUUAAUUUUUUUUAAACAUCUCUUGUAGAAAAAUCUGCCAUACAGUCUUGGCAAAUGUUAGCAUUUUAUAGUUUAAAGUGAAAGAAAAGGCUGAGUCUGGAAGUUUUACAUGAAUAACAACCAUGAUGCCAUAUGUACUGUGACAUAUGGCAGUGACAGUUGUCAGUUCGAAUCCUCACUCUGUCUGUCUCAGUCGUCGUGUUCUUGGGCAAAACGCUUCACCUCCCCGGUGGCGGUCAGAGCUCCCGGUGGCGGUCAGAGCGCCCGGUGGCGGUCAGAGCGCCCGGUGGCGGUCAGAGCGCCCGGUGGCGGUCAGAGCGCCCGGUGGCGGUCAGAGCGCCCGGUGGCGCUGAAGCCUGUGAAUGGGUGAAUGACUGUGGUGUGGAGUGUUUUGGAGUUCUCUGGACUUGAUGAAGCUCUACACAAGUACAGGCCAUUUAACGUGCAGGUGUGCACAGGUUUGUGUGUGACGGCAGCUGGUUGUGUGGCUGCUUUCCUUACAAAAAACAACAACACAACUCUUAUUUGGAACGAAGCAGUUCUAAAGUGACUGUGGUACUGAUGUUCAAACACACAAAGGCACUGUUGUGAAGUAGAAAAACUAUAUAUUUGAUUACUUUGUGAAAUGCACAUUAACCACAACAGUAAUGCUGUAUCUGCUUUUUUUUUAAACAUAUUGGCAUUGUUUUUGUUUUUGUUGUUGCAUUAUGUUCUUUUAAGGCAAUGUGUUCUUUAUAAUUGCUUCAACUGAUGCAUUCGGUUUAUUCCGAAUUCGUUGGUCGUCUCUAAAUGCAGUUUUUAACACUCUUAUUGAGCAUGUUAUUAGAUUUUGCUGUUAAAAUCAACAUGUGUUGGUUCAAAAAAUGUAAUUUUCAUAAACAAAGGAAUGAAAAGUAAAAUUUC